GUCCCUGCCGGGCUGCCAUCGCAGAGCGACAACACUGAACUGCCAAAGGCAACUUCUGCUUCCACUGCGCUGCACUGAUUUGAAUAUAAAAAGAUCACAUACCUCAGGAGUGCUGCCGUGACAGUUUCACACAGUUGUUCGGACUUGUUGAGGCUUCCCCGCAUCGCAAAUCUCCGCGACUUUCUACCUUAUCUAAGUACAAACUGACGGUUGGUGAUUCUUAGAAAACAAGCACCUGAAACCAGAUGAACCACAGAGGCGUCAAAACAGGAAAGAUGACUCAACUGUCUUUUGCAAACUGAUUUAUUCUUGGAAGUGAACUGAAGACGAGAGCUUUGGAAAAAUGUUAAUAAUGAUGCCUUCACUGACCUGCGGAACAGAUAGUCUGAAGUGAUGGAGAACAGAGAGGAGAGCCCUGCUGAUGAGCGGGCCCCCACGCCUCCAGAGCGAGGACUGCUCCACAUCUGGAAAUCAGGGGGCCCCAGUGAGCAGCUUUGCCCUGAGAGAGUGCUGCUGUCCAAGUGCGUCCUGCAGGUCGCGCUGGGAGAACACCAUGGACUCCUGCUAUCACAGGGUGGUCAGGUGUAUUCUUUCGGUGAGCUGCUGUGGAGAGGUCUGAGCGUUCCAGUUUCUGCUCCGGUGCUGGAGGAGUCCCUGCUGGGGAGGACGGUGGUCCGUGUGGCUGCCGGCGGUUUCCACUGUGGGGCGGUGAGCGAACAGGGAAACGUCUACAUGUGGGGGGAGAACACUGCAGGACAGUGUGGGCUGACCGAGAGGGGCACAACCGCAAACAUCACAGUUUCAGAACCAUGUCCUGUCACUGUGGUGGACAAUGAGGUCGUUCCUCCAGUGGUGGUUCGGGUUGUGGAUCUGGCCUGUGGACGUGAGCACAGCCUGGCUUUGUCAGCCCAGAAUGAGCUGUGGGCUUGGGGCAGUGGCUGCCAGCUUGGCCUGGUCACAAACACCUUCCCUGUAUGGAGACCACAGAAGGUGGAGCACUUGGCAGGCAGACAUGUGAUCCAGGUGGCUUGUGGUGCCUACCACAGCUUGGCUCUGGUUCGGAGUUUACCUCAGCAGAACUACACUACGCAGAAACCCCCGGAGAAGAAGGAGCAGGGUCAGUCACCUCGCUACUCAUCUACAGAGAGGGAGGAGCCCCUUGCAGUUGAUGAUGCUCACUACUGUCCACUGGGAGUGGAGCUAACUGAAGUCAUGACAGCCGAGAUGUCUCCCAGAAGAAGAAGACCCAGACAAAGGCUCCGACCUGGGGGAAGGUCUGCUGGCAGCAGCCCUGGGUCUGGAGCUGGUCUAUGUCCAUACUCUGAAGACGGCAAAUCUAACACUAUACAGGAGAAUCUUCCCGCUGGCACCAAGCUGGAGUCCGAAGGGCACGCUGACCCUCUAACCCAGACAGACGGCAGCCCUAAAUCCCAACCACUGUCAGGCUGGACAGCCAACAAGAACUCCUUUAAUGACGAGCUCGAGCUUCAGAACCUCCUCCAGAAGCUGUCUGGUCACUCAUUAGAGAUGCGACAUGCCAGUGGACCUGGAGAUACCGACUCACUGAGCAGUCAGACUUCAGAUGACAGCUAUGUUUCUUCAACUCCUUCCACGGAUAUUUUCACUUCCAGUUACAAAGACGACAUGCCGAUUAAGAGUCAAACUAACAAUAGCGGUGGAGUGGCCGGGAUCUACUCCUCCUCCUCCCCAGUGUGUUCGGAAGAGGUUCGGAUUUAUCUGGAGAAGGAGAGGCAGGCACUGCAGGGGCAGAAAAGCUCCAGUCUCACAGAUAUUAACCAGAAGGGGAAAACAGGACCAAACAGGAGACGCUCCCUGCCUGGAACACCCACUCAUGGGUCUCCACGGCGACGGCGCCCUUGUGCCUGCGGGCCAUCGUCUGCGGGUCGGACUCAGACUGCAGCCCCAGAGGAGGCAGGAGAUAUACUGCCGUCUCUGGAGACAGAGGUGUGGAGUUGGGGACGUGGGUCUGAGGGGCAACUGGGCCAUGGAGAUCAGCUUGCCAGACUCCAGCCUCUAUGUAUUAAUUCUUUGACAAGCGAGGAAGUGAUAAAAGUCGCCGCAGGGUCACACCAUUCGCUGGCUCUCACCGCUCAAUGCCAGGUGUACUCGUGGGGCAGCAACAUGUGCGGACAGCUCGGUCAUAUCAACAGUCCUGUCACUGUCCCGCAACAGACUAAGCUGUCUGAUGGUCUUCGAGCGUGGGACGUGUCAGCCGGUCAGAGCCACUCACUCCUCUUGGCUGACGGAGACUGUGUCCAGCCUGUCCUGUUGUACUGCGGCCAGCAGCAAGAGACGAGCUCAUACCAGAGUCAAAGGUCGUGCCAGAGGUCACCUAACAGGGCAGAGAGUUACACAGUCAGACCCACCCUGCUGCCUUUCUGCGUGGAGAUGGGUUACGUUAGCAGGGUGUGCAGCGGUGGUCAGAGCUGUGCAGUGCUGGCAGAUCACAACGUCAUGGGUUUCAUCUCAGCCAUCCAUGAACUGGCCUCCAGAGAGAGACAGUUCUACUGCUGGCUGAGCAGCGUCAGGAAGCUGCUCAUGACCCCGCUGUUUAACAGAGAGAGCGCGAGUCCGUCGUUAGGUGAGCCGUGCACUCAUCUCUUCUUCUCUCUCUGUGAGCGUCUUGUUCGUCUGAGCGUCCUGAUCGGUCGACACUCCACGUCACUCAGCUACUUCCUGCAUGACGUGCAGGGCCGUGAUGUCACUUCCCUUCCCCUGCUGACGCACACUGAACACUUCUUGGACAUUUAUAAAGAGUAUUGUUCUUCAGUAGGUGACUUCCAGGUGAUGGGUGGAUUCCAGUCACUCCAUAAACUCUCACUUGAGUGUUUAGGUUCUCAGCAGACGAUACUCGCUCAGCUCUGUGUAUCAAACAAGUCUGCCAGAGAUGAUGUUGAUCUGGUGUCGUUGUUGUACUGGCCUCUGCAGCAGCUCCACCAGUACGGCCGAGUUCUGCUUAAACUGGCAGCCUGCUAUGAUGUGUUAACAACAGAGUAUCAGUCCCUCCAUCAGGGCAGCUGUCAGUAUGAGUCUCUGUCUUUGUCCCUGCUGAGGAGGAAGAAGGAGGCUGAAACCACCUUCCUCUUCUGGAAGACCCACUCUGGAAAAAAUACUGAGGUUCUGCGUCUCCCGCAGCGUCGUGUGGUGUGUGAAAGCAGCAACAGGUCUCUGACUCUGCAGAAUGCCGGCCGGUUCUCCAACCACUGGUUCAUACUGUUCAACGACGUGCUGGUGCACACACAGUUCUCCACACAUCACGUCUAUCCUCUGACCUGUCUGUGGGUGAAACCGGUCACUGAGAACAGCGGCGGACUCUAUGCCAUCAAAAUUACGUGUCCAGAGGAGAGUUUCACCCUGGUGGCCUCAACACCACAAGAGAAGAACAAGUGGCUGCGUUCUAUUAACCAGGAGAUAGAUCAGGUGCUGGGUGGUGGAGGUCAGGGGUCGUCACCGGGGUUGACGGCAAUGUCUCGGACAGCCUCCUACAAGUUUACGGGAGAAGGAAGAUUCAAAGACGCCCGGUACACGGGGGGCUGGCUGGCUGGACGAGUUCAUGGCAGAGGAAACAUGGAGUGGCCAGAUGGACGGACCUACAGCGGGAACUUUAAGAACGGACUGGAGGACGGCUACGGGGAGUGUAAAAUGCCUAACAAAUUACUGGAUAAACCAGAUACUUACCAAGGACACUGGAGAGAGGGCAAGAUCCAUGGUUUCGGCAAAUACAAGUAUGCCAAUGGCGAGGUCUACGAGGGCUGUUUCUAUGAUGACCAGCGUCACGGUUACGGCAUGCUGAGCUCCGGUAAACUGGCUAGGACCUCCUCCAGCGUUUUCAUCGGCCAGUGGGUCCAUGACAGGAAGACUGGAUAUGGAGUCUAUGAUGACAUCACCAGAGGUGAGAAGUACAUGGGACUAUGGGUGGACGACCAGAGGCACGGGAACGCCGUGGUUGUUACUCAGCACUGUGUUUACUAUGAAGGGACCUUCAGAGAAAACAAGAUGAGUGGUACAGGUCUGCUGGUGUCAGAGGACAACACAGCUUUCCACGGGGAGUUUUCUGAUGAUUGGAUUGUCAGCGGGAAGGGAGUUUUAUCCCUGGCUAACGGUGACUCAUUAGAGGGCCUGUUCAAUGGAGAAUGGACUACAGGGCUGAAGGUGGUUGGAACGUACUACAAACCAGCCGUCGAGGGACCAGAAGACAAAGACAGAAACAACCUGCUCAGGUUGGGUCAGUACGUGGUGCCCGCAGGUCAGAGGUGGACCUGCGUGUUUGACGAAUGUUGGAGUCGACUGGGCUGCGACAGUGCAGUGAGAGGAGAGCGGACAACAGCCUGGGAGAACAUCGCUGUUACUAUAACAAGUGCACGUCGACACUGCCCUAACCUCAGCAGAUCUCAGACCAAAAUACUGGAGGGUUUGGAGUUCAUUCCUCAGCACGGAGAACCAGUCACCACCGCUAACUAUGACAACAUACGAAGAUAUCUCACCAAGGCAUGUGAGACGCCCCACCACCCUCUGGGCUGGCUGGUGGAGACAUUAGUGACCGUCUACAGGAUGACUUACGUCGGUGUGGGAUCCAACCGCAGGCUGCUCAGGCAGGCUGUCCAGGAGGUCCAGGCCUACCUCACACAUUUCUACAGCAUCGUGAGGUUUCUGUUUCCUGGGUUACCAGAUGAUGGCGGCAUCAUCCCAGACCCCCCCGUCUCUUCAUCCAAAAGCAGACACAACUCGGACACAUCAGACUGUGUUGUGGUGGUGAGCUGCUCCUCUCUGCUCCUCCCUCUGCUGCUUCCACGUCUCUAUCCUCCUCUCUUUACUCUGUACUGCCUGCAGGAGGAGCCGGAGGAGGCCCAGUACUGGGACCGCAUCCUCCGACUCAACAAACAGCCCGAUCAGUCACUGCUCAGCUUCCUGGGAGUGCAGGAGAAGUUCUGGCCGGUGUGGAUGUCAAUUCUUGGAGAGAAAAAACAGAUUGUAUCCAGCAGUAAAGAUGCCUGCUUUGUCUCCGCUGUAGAGACACUUCAGCAAAUCAGCACCACCUUCACUCCAUCAGACAAACUUCUGGUCAUCCAGAAGACGUUUGAGGAGUUGACCCAGGAGAUAAAGCCUCUGCUGGAUGGUAACUUCCUGUGGUGCAUGGAUGACCUGCUGCCUCUCUUCCUCUAUGUGGUGCUCCGGGCGAGGAUCAGGAACCUGGGAGCCGAGGUGAGUCUGAUAGAAGAUCUGAUGGAUCCCAACGUUCAGCACGGAGAGAUGGGACUGAUGUUCACCACACUGAAGGCCUGCUACAUCCAGAUCCAGCGGGAGUCGACCACAUAAGCAUCGGACAGAAGAAGGAAGCGAAAACAGCAGCGCGACACUUUACACACGGGAGCUGCUGUAGCAAAACCAGUCGAACGACCAGUUUUCUACUGGUGGCCACUGGGAAGCUGCACUUUGGCUGAGCAGAGGGUGGGAAGAGCGAAAAAUGUCUCGUACCUCGUUCAGUGUCGAUCCUUUUCGGUAUGUUCUGGACACAUUAGAAAACCGCAUUAUCAUCUCAACCUGAACUCAUUUCACUGGAUUAGUUCUCCUGUUACAGCAGUAAUUAUCUGACAGCACUUAACGUUUAUACAAAGCUCAAACCUGAAUAUUUACAAGCAGAAAAAAUGUCUGAUUAGCUGAUUAAUUGUCACACAGAGUUUAAAUCAGACUUGUUUGGUAUCAGAUCAUUUGUGUCGGGUUGAGCUUCGGUGUUUUGGUCAGUGACUCUGUUGUUGAUGCACUUUGUUAAACUACCAAGUCAUUCAGAAAACCUCUAAAUCUAAAAAACAAAGAUUACAGUUUAGAAAAACACUCACUUUACCUACAAGGGAUUCAUCCCUGUGUAACAUUUUCAGCAAUACAUUAACUCAAUUUUCAUCCUUUCAUCUCAAACAGAAUGUAAAAGUCUCAGACAGUUUGCUUGCAAAACUGUUAUAACAGCGCAGUUUUCAUUAAGUACUACAUUAAGUAUUUUAUAGUAUUUUCCGACAAGUUAAUUUACUACAAGAUAAGUUCUCAUGUGAGAUUCUGUACUGUAUCGUAUAUAUGUGUUUCUUCUGUUUUCUAUCAGAGCUUCCAAACACUGCAGGCAAAGUGAAGAGACUAACGAGUCUCUGAUGAAGUCUGAAACACGCGUGUCAAAGGGAACAUGGGCGAAUAAUUGAAAAAAAAAAAAAAGGAGAAAGGUGUAAAUAUUUUGUAAUAACCAAGCACUCUUUAACUUCAAGAUUUUAAAGUUGUAAAUCUAAACUUUCCAAGUGUUUAAUUUCACUGAAUUUUAACAGUGAAACUGAGCGAGUAACCAGAUACUCUGUCAGAUUAUGGAGAUCAUCUCCGACCUCAGUGUUGCACUCUUUUAAAUACUGCAAAACCUACAGUCGCAUACGGGUAAGUUGAAACUGUAUACAGUGUUUGACUGUAUGUAACUUCAGUUUGGUGUAAAAUGAACAGUUGAGACAAGAGCGCUUGGGCAUGUUGUUAGCACUCGUAGCGUUUUACAGAAGGAGUUUUUCGUUGUUUUUAAUACUUUUCACCGGUCGCAGAGAAACAACAGGAGGCACAGAUGGAGUUUUUAGGGUCACACGGAGCCUCCUGAGUAGAUAUCAGAGCUUUACGUCAUCAGUGAGCAGCUGCAGCAGCUGAAGAGCGGACCGAACGUGAGGCUCCGCUUCUCCCGUCUAAAUUAAACUCGUCAGUGUGACUCACAGUGUACAAAGUCUGUGAGUACAGAACAGAACAAACUGCUCAAGGCGCUUAAAAACCUCAGCUGUGGUCUGAUGUUCCUUCAAUACAAAACCAAAAUUACCAGACCAGAAAGCUUGUAGCUAAUGAAAAGAAAAACAACUUAAUUUUUUUUGUGUCAUGUUAUGCUCCCGCAGGCAUAACUGUAUGAACAUCUUACUUUGCUCCCGUUUCACACCCCGAACUGGACGAUAUUAUAUCCUUUAAAUGCUUCACUCACAGAUUACACUAAACAGAUUUUCACUUUCUUGACACUGUUUGAAUUAUUUUUUAUUUAUGUUUUUAAAACUUGUACACUCAUGUACUGUAAUCUCGACCUGUGUGUUCUCCCACAGUUUGUCUGACUUCAGAUAUUCAUAACUAAUAUCCAGCAAACUGACCAGCAGGAUGACAGAGCGACACGAUUCUGUAUUUAAUAUGAUUAAUGAGGGAACACCGAUCAGCUGAGCGUAAAGGAAACAUUCAUUCCUGUGUUUCUGGAUGUGAACGAUCAUAUAACGAACACAUUUUACAUGAGGGAGUUUUAAUGUUGCACUCACAGUUACCAACUCACCAACUAGUAACGUUCACAUUCCCUUUGUCAUGAAAACUGGCUGUCGAGUUACUGUGUAAAAGGAAUAUUUCAGACUUCUGUUAGAGAGGUUGUGUCGUCUGAUUGAGGAUUCAUCAACUCGUCGGCAGAUUGAAAUGAUUUGAUUGUAGGUCGGCCCGUUUUAUGAGAAUAUUUAACAUUUUCAACAUGUUCGCUAUUUUCUCAUGAACUACUGCACUUAGUUAAAUGAACUACUGUGUGUGUGAGUGUGUGUGUGUGUGUGUGUGUAUGUGUGUGUGUUUUCAUUGAGAUUUUAUUUGCUUUUAUAGCCGAUUAGCUACAUUAGUCUAUAAAAACGUCAAAGUACGUUAAGCAUUUCGUUUUCUUUCAUUUCAUUUCUUUCUUAUAAAUUUGCUUUGAUCAUUUGAAACCAUCAGUUUGUGUUAUAAAUGUUUUCAGAUUUAGAUCAUUUAGGAACAUUAAAAUAACAACACACACUUCCAAGUUUAUGAUCCUUCUCUGGUCUUCGGGUCCUUGAAAUGACUCCUGUGGUUAUGUUUGAGUGCAAUAUCCUUUUGUUUUCUGUUUUUUAAAAGCACGAGGGAACCUCUAAUCACUUAUAAAAAAAAAUUAUUACUUAAUUUAUUAUUAGAAUGUAAUUUAAAUUAUUUAUUAGAGAUAUAUUAAAAAUAUAAAUCAGUCUUUUAACCUUUAUUUCCCAACCAACUGUCUGGAUAUCAAAAAGAAGACAAACUUAGAGUCAAAUUUUCAGAUUCCCUCUAAAAUCCCAUCAGCCGUGAAUCCACAAAGAUUAAUGAUGCGUUUAUUAUAAAAAUCCAGCAUGCACUACUGUCAUUUUACUGACAUAAUGAACUUGUUAUGUUGAUGUCAGGGAUAAAACAGUCAGUGUAAAUCUCUCAGGUUCGACAUCAGAAAGCAACAGAAUAUUUUGCCAAAAUGACAGAAAAGCAGCUGUUGGUUUCUGACUCUCUUCUACCAUUUCAAUCGUUAACCGAAUUGUUUGUACUGUAUUUAUUUUCACUCCAGUUUUUGCUGAAUUUAUCCCCUCAGAAAUCUGUUUGUGUCGGUGCAGUUGAUUAAAUGUCUUUGUUUUCUUUUCGCUAGUAAAACCACUGCAGUGUAGUUUAAUACAGAUGUAAUAUAUAAGGAUGAAUGAGAUAAAAGUCUGACUUCUCUGGCCUCCAUUAACACCAAGUCAAACAACAAUACAAAUGUUUUUUCAUGUCAUAACCCAAAAUCUACAAAUCAUCUGUAAUCUCAGUACUAACAACCAUUUUUAUCACAUCAUACAACAGACUGUUAGAUUUAUUUCCUACUUGUCAGGCAGCCGUUGGUUUGAGAUCAUUUCGGUAGAAAUCAGCCUUUACAGAUUACAAAUUGUGAUUGUAUCCCUUCAUACUGAAUAUUUUUGCCAUUUUU